AUGGGGAAGCUAGUGGUGCUGACCGUGCUGGGGGCCAGCUUGGCCUUAAUAGGGGAGAGGCUUCUGACAUUUAGAGAAAGAAUUACUACAUCACGAGAAAUAAAGUCCAUAGAACCACAGAACUGCUACCUGAUUGAGGGACUCGAGAAUGGCUCUGAAGAUAUUGAUAUACUUCCUAGUGGGCUGGCUUUUAUCUCGACUGGAUUAAAAUAUCCAGGCAUGCCAAACUUUGCACCAGACAAACCAGGAAGAAUUUUCUUGAUGGAUCUGAAUGAGCAAAACCCAAAGGCGCAAGCGCUGGAAAUUAGUGAUGGCUUUGACAAAGAAUCACUGAAUCCUCAUGGGAUCAGUACCUUCAUUGACAAAGACAACACUGUGUAUCUUUAUGUGGUGAAUCAUCCUCACAUGGGCUCCACUGUGGAGAUAUUUAAAUUCGAAGAGCAACAACGUUCUCUCGUCCACCUGAAAACUAUAAAACAUGAACUUCUCAAGAGUGUGAAUGACAUUGUGGCUCUUGGACCAGAGCAGUUCUAUGCUACAAGAGACCACUACUUUACCAGCUACUUCUUGGUACUUCUUUAGUUGAUCAUGGACUUCCACUGGACUUACGUUCUUUUCUACAGCCCAAGAGAGGUCAAAGUAGUGGCCCAAGGGUUUAGUUCUGCCAAUGGAAUCACAGUCUCACUAAACCAGAAGUAUGUCUAUGUAGCUGAUGUAACAGCUAAGAACAUUCAUAUAAUGGAAAAGCAUGAUAAUUGGGAUUUAACUCAAGUGAAGGUCAUUCACCUGGGUACCUUAGUGGAUAAUUUGACCAUUGACCCUGCCACGGGAGAUAUUUUGGCAGGGUGCCAUCCUAACCCCAUGAAGCUAUUGAACUACAACCCCGAGGAUCCUCCAGGGUCAGAAGUACUACGGAUCCAGGAUGUUUUGUCAGAUAAACCCAGGGUGAACACACUCUAUGCCAACAAUGGUUCUGUGCUUCAGGCCAGCACUGUGGCUUCUGUGUACCAUGGGAUAAUGCUCAUAGGCACUGUGUUUCACAAAGCUCUGUAUUGUGAACUCUAGGUCUUUCUCAAAAAUCUUCAUAAUUUCACAUUGGACAAAAGUAAAAUUGU